AUGAAAUCUGCCACUACAUUCGCGACCAUCGUAGCGCUGAGUCUGUGCGUUGUCUCUGAGAGCGUACCGAAUACACCUGAACUUCGCAGACGACUUGCCGAUGCGGACACUCCGACAGUCCAAGAAGAAGCCGAUGAAAGUAGGAAAGAUCGACGCCACCAUCAUCACCACGUCAAGAAAGUCAAGAAAAUCGCCAUUCCCGUGCCUGUGGAAGUACCGCAAUUCAUUCCAGUUCCUGUCAGUGCUGCUACUGGUGCCAUUGGGUCAGCGGGUGCAGGAGCUGCCACGUCAACAGGACCAGGAGCUGUCACGCCAGCCCCAACGACUGCUAAUGCAAGCCCAGCCGCAACUCCUGCAGCGACCAUGACCUCGCAAUCGAGAGCUACCCCGGCACCAACGAGAUCUGCCAGCAGCGUGGGUAUUCCGUCUGUAUCACAACAACCACGAGGUGUCGCUCAGCCUCGUGGCGCAGGUGUGACCGGGGACUUGUCAUCGAGGCCAACGGUUGGAAGUCCAAGCAACGCGUUGGGAGGUGGACUCGGUGCCCCGUCUACUACUGCUGCUGCUAGUGGUGCUGGUGGGUUCCCUGCAAACUCUGGCAGUCUUGGUGAAGUUCCCACGAGCAACCGGGGCGGCAAUUUCGGCGGUGCCAGUGGGAUGGGUGGUUUCGGUGGCGGCAUGUUCGGCGGAGUUGGCGGACAAACCUUCAGUGGGAAUGGCAUGGGGGACAACUUCAGUCAGCGAAUGGGUUUCGGGCAACGAAACGGCUUCGGGCAGCAACUUGGUAUCGGCGCUCAAGGUGGGAACACGGUUGGUAGGAUACCGGGACAAGGCGCGAUGACGAACUUCGGACAGGUCGGCAACAACGGCUUGUCUCGCCACAAUUUGCCAGGCUUUGCAGGUGCGGCACCGGGCGGUGGCAACGCGAUUGGUGGCAGACGGUUGAGUCGUCGUGACGUCCAGCGUCGUCGCUGA